UCAGGCACAUAUUCGGUCUCUGUUUGGGCUUUCAUGUGUGGAGAGAGGCUCUGCAGUCAGUUUGCGGCAGCUCAGCGAUCAAAUGAAUUCGCAUUUACGCUCUCUUAAUUCGAUGGCAACCACGCAGGAGAUUUUGGAUGGCUUGUUAAUUCACUUGGUCACCUCGAAGCUGGAUCAAAAUGCGCAGGAGAAAUGGGAGGAAGGAUUGCAAUCGAGCAAGCUGCUGAAGUGGACGGAUAUGGCAGCCUUCAUGGAAAAAAGAUGCCGUAUGCUGGAAAAUUUGGAAUAUGCCAUGGUAACCCAAGCACCGGGCAAGCAGGAUUGCUCAAAUUCAGGAUCGCACCAAGGAUAUGAAAUGGCACCACGUACCAACCGAUGUCAAUCCGGCUGACAUAUUGUCAAGAGGAUGCACACCACUCGAGCUACUGGAAUCAAAAUUAUGGCGUGAAGGGUCGCCAUUCUUGAAAUUGGACCCCUUCUCCUGGCCUGCUCUUGUGCCUUCGUUGACAGACUUGCCUGAACGUCGCCGAAGCGUCUUCAUUCUGUCUGAGAAUCCAGACAUCUCCUACGCCUGUAAGUUCCAAAACUCAUUUGGCAGGCUGCAGAGAGUUUUUGGAUACAUACACCGCUUCUCACGCUUAAAAAGCCGCAACCAGGAACGUCGCAGAGGACCCCUCACGGUGGACGACAUCAUAGACGGCACGCAUCUGCUUCUCAGGUCGAUCCAGGAAACCUGGUUUUCGGACGAACUCCGGGCGCUGAGAGCAAAGAAGGAGGUCAAAUCCAAAAGCAAGCUGUUCUCGCUGCACCCUAUCCUGGACGGUUCAGGCCUGAUUCGCGUUGGAGGUCGUCUUCAAAACUCGAUCCUGGACUACGACGCGAGACAUCCAUUGCUGCUGCCAAAGGACCAUCCAGUCACUCGCGCAAUCAUUGCGCAUUUUCAUGCCAAGUUCCUGCACGCUGGACCUCAAAGCCUGUUAGCUGCCCUGCGACAAAGGUUUUGGCCAAUUGGAGGCCGAAAAACGGUUGCAGCCACAGUCAACAAAUGCAUUAGAUGUUUUCGCCUGAAGCCUACGAUUCUCGAGACCAUUAUGGCUCCGCUGCCAGCAAGUCGAGUGCAACCAUGU